UGAUGGUGUCCCAUCAAAUCCCAUUUUAUAAAUGGAGAUUUUUUAAAUCCUCAUAAAAACCACUUGUCCAGUCGGAACUUUUACGCACUACAAUGUCGGCGCUACUGCGAAAUAGAAAGACAAAUAAAUAGUUCUCGUACAGCCAGCAAGCUGGAAUAAGUGAACUAGUAUUUUUGACGACAGCGUGUUAAUAAAUGAAUCAAGUGUUGCAAUUUACUGUGCACAUCAACGUGUGAUACUGUAAUGCAAGGAGGCCAUACUUUACAGAGUUAAAAUCCUGUAAACACCCCACUUCCUUGCAACCAUGUGAACCCACCAUGCACAGUGCAGGACAACCAGGACAACCCCUUUUGCUCCCCUAUGUACUACUCCUUCUAGGACACUAGGACACUGAAAUGGGAGGCACAGCAGCCGUACACCUGGUUACGUUUUUUGUUAUCGCUGCUGCUCGACGAAAGGUGCCGGACGACAAGCCAUGCGGUGUACGGGCUGUCUGCCCUGAAUCUCACGAGAACUACAUCAACGUUCAUGUCAUCUGUCACAGCCACAACGACGCUGGUUGGCUUGAGACCGUCGACGCAAUAUACGACUCAGCUGUGAGUCACAUAUACAGCACCACAACACGAGCUAUGCUUCAUUACCCCAGCAGAAGAUACGUGAGCGCAGAAAACGUAUUUUUCAGCCGAUGGUGGAAUAAUCAGUCAUACGAAGUGCAGGGACAAGUUCGUGAGCUCAUUGAAACAGGCAGGCUUCAAUUUGUUGGCGGCGGAUGGACACAGAACGACGAAGCGACAACGCACUAUACAGCUAUUAUCGACCAGGUGACGCUCGGACUCAGAUUCUUGAAUGACACCUUCGGGGAAUGCGCUGCCGUCAAGGUGGGGUGGCAGAUGGAUCCGUUUGGGCAUUCGCAGGGCAUGGCUUCCAUACUUGCACAGAUGGGAUUCUAUGGACUGUUUGUCGGAAGGGUAACUGCAACUGAAUGGAACCGGAGAGCAGCAUCCAAGAAGUUGGAGUUUGUGUGGAAGGCGUCGCCGAUUCUAGGCAGGAAGGGUGACCUAUUCACAGGCAUCACAUACAACUGGUAUCUCCCUCCUCAUGCACUUUGUCUCACGGAAGUGUUCUGUGCAACUUACGACAAUCCGAAAAGUAUCUCGGACAUGAGCAAGGACGUCUUGCAGGAGCUCAUAGAUCAGGCGAAGGCUUACUCCACCAACAACAUCAUGAUAACACUCGGCGGCGACCUCUCCUUCCAGUCCGGUCACAACUGGUUCACUCAGAUUGAUGCGGCAAUAAAAAGUGUUAAUACCGUUGCGAAAAAGACCCACAAGAAAGUGCGUCUCUUUUACUCGUCACCGCUGUGCUAUUUAACGUCGCUCUACGCAGCCAACAAAUCGUGGCCCGUGCUUCGCGGAGACUUCUUUCCUUACGCGGACAACCCGCAGAGGUACUGGACGGGCUUCUACAGCAGCAGGCCCAACCUCAAGUUCUAUGCACGUUACGCCAACGGAUUCCUUCAGGCCUGCAAGCAGCUUUCAGUUCUUGGCGGAAUGAAGGACGCGAGAGCGCAGAGGCUAAAGGAAGCGGUGGCCACACUGCAGCACCAUGACGCAAUAACUGGCACAUCGAAAUCUGCUGUUGUACAAGAUUACGCACUUUUGCUCUCGAAAGGGAUAGCUGAUUGCCAGGAGCUCAUCAGCGACGCCAUCAUGUUAAUGAUGUAUCCUGAAGACAAGGAACCAAGGCAAACACUCCAGUUUUGUCACAGCCUUAACAUGAGCCACUGUAGAGUUUCCGAAGAGAAGGACAUCUUCACAGUCAUAAUAUACAACCCCAUGUCGCACGCUGUCACCCAUUUUGUGAGGCUGCCCGUCACAGCUCCUGGAACGUUCAACGUGAUCAACCACAAGGAGGAGCCCGUAGAUGUGCAGAAGGUUCCCCUCAACAUGGGCGUCCAAGAAAUCCCCGAGAGACAGAGCUUUGCAAAGGCAGAAGUCGUCUUUCCAGCCCGUGUUCCAGCACUGGGAUACACUACACUUCAAGUCAGGAGGCAUUUCCAUACAGAACGAGCGGAACUUGUCCUGGACAAUGUCGUUUACCUCCAGCUCGAGGACGAACGGAGGUUUAUAGAGAACUCUUGGUACAAAAUUGAGGUGGACACGACGACAGGCCUCAUAGCACGAGUUACGCUGAAGAGUUCUGGGCAAGCCAUGAGGCUGCGCCAGUCCUUCCUCCUGUACAAAACUUUGAAAGAAGAACAACUGCGCAGCACUACUGGAAGAAACGGAGGGGCGUACUCUAUAAAUGCAGACCACGGCCCUCCGCUAGAACUGGGAACUCACGUCACCUAUCGCAUAAUCUCGGGCAAGCUCGUGGAAGAGAUUCAUCAAAUUUUCAACCACUGGGCUACUCAAGUGGUACGGCUGUACAAGGACAGCAGAUACAUUGAGUUUGAAUGGACAGUUGGACCGUUGCCUGACAGUCACUGCUCAGAAGUUAUAACAAGGUACGAGACUGACUUGGAUAACGACGGCGUGUUCUACACAGACACCAAUGGGAUGCACACCAUUCGACGGAGUAUCGAUGCAACCUCUUCCGCGGCUCGUGUAGCUAGUAGCUACUACCCCGUUGUUUCGUGGAUCUACGUUCAGGACGAGAAGAUGGACUUGCAAAUGACAGUGGUGCCCGACAGGGCUCAAGGCGGUUCCAGUAUCAAGAAAGGAUCCAUCGAACUAAUGCUGCACCGACGAAUAUUUUACGACGAUGGGCUCGGACUGUCAGAGCAGUUAAAUGAUCGUGGUGAAGACGGGGCUGGCAUUAUGGUCACGGGCAAACAUCAGCUCCUUUUAGCAGCACCUUCACAAUCACCAACCAUCGUACGUGAUUGUGCUCUCAGUCAGGUUUACAGACCCAUCGUCAUGUUUUCCUCGGAGUCGAUCCACGACAUCAGACGCAAGCACCAUUCAGAGCUGAAUCCUCUGUUUCCACCUGAAGUACAUCUUCUCACACUUGAGGUAGUGUCUACAGGAGAGAUUCUUGUACGCUUGGAGCACAACCAGCACCCGAAAGCCGUCAACGUGUCCAUAUCGGACCUGUUAGGAACGUACAUUCUCACUGAACUCCGCGAGACACUGCUUGGAGGCAACGAAUACCGUGAGGGCCCUCAACGUUUCGAGUGGCAACGAUGGACAAAGCAAACAAGCAAUGCACCGGUGGCUGCUAGGGUUGCAGAAGGAAACCCCUUUCCCUUGGGUGUUUUGAUCACUCUAAACCCAGGCCAAAUACGAACUUUCCUCUGUCAACUAAAGAAGCUCGUCUAGAUCCACGGCGCAACCCAACCAAGCAUAAACUAAUUUAAUACCAGAAAUACCAGAGUUUACCAGCUACAGAGGAAAUGGAGGUGACAUCAUACAGAAAUAGGCCCGAGACAAGUUGAAUCUGGCUGCCACGGCCCAUGGAGUAAAAUUAAUUCUGUGGGCCACUCUAGCCCACAGAAUUCCAAAAUUGUAACAAAGGCUGACAACAAUGUCUAACGUGAGGUUAUGGCACCCCACACUUGCCAACCCUUUGCAGAGAGACACUGUGUUCUCUUGUUCACUUUUUGUCCCUUCCUCUUGCUCAGUUUUCUUUUCUAACAUUUGCUUCCCCUUCAUUUUCCCGCAAUUUAGAGCAAUAAAUAAGUUCUUCAAUUUCCUCAUCCUGGAGCAAAGUUGGGUCUAGGUCAAAAGCCUAUCAUGUUCUCAUGUAGGACGCGGCAGAUGCUAGCAAACCAAGGCAAGUUUCUGUGAAUAAAACUUUGCUGGUGUACAA